GCCAUGAAAAACAAAACACAUCUGACAGAAUUCAUCCUGGUGGGACUAACAGAUAUCCCAGAGCUUCAGACUGUAAUUUUUUUAUUUAUUUUUCUUACAUAUAUAUUUAGCAUCUUCGGUAAUCUGACAAUAAUCACUCUCACUUUACUGGACUCCCAUCUCCAGACCCCCAUGUAUUUCUUCCUCAGGAAUUUCUCCUUCUUGGAAAUUUCCUUUACAACCACGUUUACUCCUAGGCUGCUGUUCAGCAUCUCGACUGGGAAUAAGGCCAUCAGUUUCGCUGGAUGCUUCUCUCAAUAUUUCUUUGCCAUAUUUCUCGGGGCAACAGAGUUUUACCUUCUGGCUGCCAUGUCUUAUGAUCGCUAUGUAGCCAUCUGCAAACCCCUACAUUACACAACCAUCAUGAACAACAGAGUCUGUAUCCUCAUGGUUCUCUGCUCUUGGCUCGGUGGGUUCCUCAUCAUUUUAUACCCAAUCAUCCAGACCAGUCAGUUGGAUUUCUGUGCCUCUAAUGUGUUGAAUCAUUAUUAUUGUGACUCUGGACCACUCAUAGAAAUAUCUUGCUCAGACACAAGACUCCUGGAAAUCAUUGACUUUAUCUUAGCAAUUGUAACCUUGGUUGUCACCCUGGUGCUGGUGAUUCUCUCCUACACAAAUAUCAUCAGGACCAUUCUGAAGAUCCCCUCUGCCCAGCAAAGGACAAAGGCUUUUUCCACAUGUUCCUCCCACGUGAUUGUCAUCUCUCUCUCUUAUGGAAGCUGCAUCUUCAUGUACAUUAAACCUUCAGCAAAAGAAGGAGUUGCCUUCAGUAAGGGAGUCGCUGUGCUCAAUACAUCAGUGGCCCCUUUACUGAACCCCUUCAUUUACACUUUAAGAAAUAAACAAGUAAAACAAGCUUUCAGGGAAGUAGUCAGAAAGAUUAUAAGUGAUUCUUAA